GCCUGUGCGACCCUUGUCGGACCCUGCCGUCCACUCAGCGAUCCAACGACCCGCGCACGUGGCCACAGCUCAGCGCGCGUCCUCCCCUUCCCAGGCCUCGCUGCACUCGAGUCAAGCCCCCGAUACACUCUAGACACCGGAUUCCUUACCCCCGAACCCGUGCCUCACGGCCGCACGCCACGGUGGGCCCCGCCUGCUAGUACCGUAGGGGUGGGUCUCCCACGGUCGUGGGCAUACGAUUCCGGCGUCAUCUGACCGGCGGCCGCUUCCUCCACGUUUUAACGGCUCCGCUCCUAGCACCGCCUGAGCUCACACUUGGCCUUGUUCCGCUGCUCGUCCCUUUCCCCACACGCCCUCUCUUUCUGGGCUCUGACAAGUGACGAAUCCGAGUGCGAGGCCAUGGACGCGGCGUCGAGGAAGCUCGUUUCUGCUCUGCUACCAAUCUUGCUCUGCCUUGUCGGCGCGUCGAGGGCGCAGGCGCAGCCGUACAUCGGCGUCAACUACGGCGAGGUGGCGGACAAUCUGCCGUCGCCGGAUGAGACGGCGAAGCUGCUCAAGUCCACGACGAUUUCCAAGGUCCGCCUGUACGGCGUCGACGCGGGGCUCAUCCGCGCGCUCGCCGGCUCGAGCAUCUCCGUCGUGGUCGGCGUGGCCAACGGCGACAUCCCCUCGCUCGCCGCCGACCCCGCCACCGCGUCCCGCUGGCUCGCUUCCAACGUGCUCCCCUUCGUCCCGGCGACCACCAUCUCCGUCGUCGCCGUCGGCAACGAGGUGCUCGAGUCUGGGGACGCCACCCUGGCCGCUGCGCUCCUCCCGGCCAUGCAGAACCUCCGCGCCGCCGCCGUCAUGGCCGGCGACGGGGCAGCCGGCAUCAAGUUCUCCACCGUCAACACUAUGGCCGUGCUCGCGCAGUCCGAGCCGCCGUCCACCGGCGUGUUCCACCCGGACAUCACGCCCCAGCUGCAGCAGAUCCUGGGAUUCCUCAGCAAGACCAGCGCGCCCUUCAUGAUUAACCCCUACCCCUGGUUCGCAUACCAGUCCGACCCGCGGCCGGAGACGCUGGCCUUCUGCCUGUUCCAGCCCAAUGCCGGCCGCGUCGACGCCGGAUCCAAGAUCAAGUACACCAACAUGUUCGACGCGCAGCUGGACGCCGUCAAGUCGGCGCUGGGGCGAGCUGGGUACGGGGACGUGGAGAUCGUGGUGGCCGAGACCGGGUGGCCGACGAAAGGCGACGCCGGGGAGGCCGGCGCCACGGUGGACAACGCCAAGGCGUACGUGUCCAACCUCGUCGCGCACCUGCGGUCCGGCGUGGGCACGCCGCUGAUGCCGGGCAAGUCGGUGGACACUUACCUGUUCGCGCUCUACGACGAGGACCUCAAGCCAGGGCCGACGUCGGAGCGAUCGUUCGGGCUGUACCACACCGACCUCAGCAUGGCGUACGACGCCGGGCUGACGUCGACGUCGGGGAGCGCGGGGAGUUCGAGUGGGGGCGCGGCGGCUCAGCCGAUGAGCUCCGGGUGGUGCGUGGCGCGGGACGGCGCGACGGACGCUGAUCUGCAAGCGGACCUGGACUAUGCGUGCUCGCAGGUGGGCGUGGACUGUGGCGCCAUCCAGCCCGGGGGCGCGUGCUUCGAGCCCAACACGGUGCGCGCCCACGCCGCGUACGCCAUGAACCAGCUGUACCAGGCCGCGGGGCACCACCCCUGGAACUGCGACUUCCGGCAGUCCGCCACGCUCACCUCCGACAACCCAAGCUACGGCUCGUGCGUGUACACCGGAGGCCAAUAAUGCAACGGGCGACUAACCCCGGUGGCGCACAAUUAUUUUUGCGACGGAGUAGCAUGAUGAGCGAAAGUUUGGCCCUACAGCGGUCUGGAUGAAUCGAAUAAAGCCACGAAUAAUUGUGGUGGUUGUUGUGUGGACUCGUAGACUCGUAGGCAGAUGUUUCCUCGCUUCUUUUCAGCUGGCUUUGCGUAAAGAGGGGAAAAAUCCAAAAGUAGACAACAUAUUCCAUCGUAUUUGUACAAAUAGAUA